UAUCGUUAAUAUUUUAAACUUAGAGGUAAUUUAAUAGUUCACGACAUGUAUACAUACAUUUAAUAUGAUAUAAUAACACUGCAGUUAUUGUUUGACAAACAUUGCUUUCGAGAUUCUAGAAGCAAAAUCACGAUUUUGUGCCCCUAACAUCUAAAGGCAAAAUGGAACAGGAAAGGCAUAUAGAUUUACUAGACUACAUCAAAGCGGAAAAAAAGACUUUGGCCUUCAUUGGGUAUUAUCCAAUAAAAGAGAAAAUGUAUAAAACGUUACACACUCUAUCAGCAAUUUUCUUCGGGUUUUUCCCAAUGAUGUAUAGCGUACUCGGUAUCAUGUACGGAUUUCAACAUAUGUCCAACCUAGAAGAAGUCUCUGAGUUAAUUGGAUAUCUCUUGACAGGAAUGUCAAUUGUAGUCAAAAUGAUGAAUUUAAUUUGGUAUAAAAAGAACAUACUAGAAUUGGAUGACAUGUUACAGAAUCCCAUACUAACUAAACUUGAAUCAGAGGAAGAAGAAAUACUUUUGAAAAACAAACUGAAACUUGGUCAGAUUCUCAAGAAGGCGUUCAAAAUCUUUAUUGCCGUAACAGCUAUACUUCAUACUCAUAUAUUAUACCUGUUAGUUAUAAAUAUUGAUCCGAAUGCUAUUACUUUGCUUUUGUGGUUUCCGUUUAAUAUAGACGAUUACUUAUACGAAGUUUAUAUUUCUGAGUUCUUUUUAGUUCCUUCGAUAGCUGUACUCGAUGCUAUCUUGGACAUUCUGAACAUAAUCUUCAUAGAUUUAUGUUACGUCCAAUUUGAGUUACUUAAGCACAGGUUGAAACAUUUUGGACGGACAUCGCAUGAAGAAGAAGCAGUGGAUGAUACAGUGGUAUAUGACAAACUCGGCAAGAUUAUCAUACAUCAAAAUUAUGCAUACAGAUUUUCAGAGAUAGUAGAAGAGACUUUUUCAGUGAGCAUCUUUUGCCAACUUGCGGUUACUGUCGCAGUGCUCUGCUGCGCUAUUUGUAAAGUAGUGAUCACUCCCAUCAGCAUGCAGUUUUUAAUAAGGACAUUUUAUACUUUUACUAUCGUAUUGGAAAUUGCAGCCUACUGUUGCUACGGACAGAAAGUGUUGGAUGCAAGUGGUACAAUCGCAGAAGCAUGUUUCAUGUCAAACUGGUACAACUGCUCUGUAAAAGUACAGAAAAAUAUGGUGAUGGUGUUGAACAGAGCAAACAGACCUGUUACAAUGAAGGCAGGUGGAAUGUUUCCUCUAACUUUGGAGACACUAAUGAGCAUAUGGAGGUCUGCAUAUUCAUUUCUCACGUUUCUUAUGCAAGUAUACAAAGAAGAUAACUAAGGAUUUUAUUCUUUACUCUCCCCUGUCACUGACCUUUGACCUUUACCCCCAUCCGUGAAGAUUGCAUAAUAAAUAUAUACACUU